AUAACAGAUACCGUCGAAGAAAACAACACUGGCUGUGGCUGUGACCGUGCAACGGACAUGCAGUGAUACGAAGUUUUUAGUCAGGGAUUUAACGUAUUAAUUAGAAUUUCUGUCUUUGGAGGCAUUAAAUAACAUGUCGCGUGAUGUCGGGGCUUGUUCUGUUCCUCAGACGGUCCAGUCGGGUCUUAUGGAGAGCUUCUCCUGGUGUCCCUCCGCUGCUCAGACCUCCGGCUGGACCAACAUGUGUUGUCACAGCUGGUAAAAAGGACCUGAUAGAUCUUCCUGCCCUGGUAGAGGACGAGCUAGAAGAGCAGUUCGUGAGGGGAUCAGGACCCGGAGGACAGGCCACCAACAAAACCAGCAACUGUGUGGUGCUCAAGCACAUCCCCACUGGGAUUGUAGUGAAGUGUCAUCAGACCAGAUCUGUGGAUAUAAAUCGAAAACGUGCGCGGGACAUAAUGAGAGAGAAGCUUGAUGUUGCAUAUAAAGGAGAACUCAGUGAUGUCCUUGUGAAGAAGAAAGAGUCCAUGCAGAGGAAGCAAGAAAAGAGGAGGAAAGCAAAUGAGAAUCUGGAGAGAAAAAGACAGUUUAAAGAAGCACUGGCUGCUGAUUCCAAACCUGGAAAUGACACUGUAUAAAAUGCUUGUGUAGAAAAUGGAAUGAAGAUAUAAAUACUUGAAUGAUCCUGUACGUUAUGUUUGAAAAGACUCAACAAAACCUGGAAACGUGCUUUUAUUAGUAUUCAAUCCAACCAGCCAUUUGUAUUGCAUCAUUCAUGCAAAGUUGCAAGAUGUCGUAAUUCACAAUGCAAGACAAAGAGGGAAUUUUAAAAAGAAAUAAAAACAUAGUAAAACA